AUGUCUGUCUAUCUCUGGUUGCUACUGAUAAGCAUUGGUGUUGUUUCGGAGGAGCGUAACUUUAAAUUCAUAAUCGAUAGGCUUACUGUUAGGCAUUGGGAGCCUGAGAUUGUCGAGGAGCUCAACUACUCUCUGAUUCAAUUAAAUAAUCGGAGUUAUAUCAGUGCUAAUUUGCUGCUAAAACGUGAUAUUGAUAAGAUUGUAGUGAACACGACUUUGGACGGCUGCACUAUGGACAACAGAAAGAUCCGGCUGUUCAAGUUGCAAACGGAUGUGUGCAUUUUUCUAGCAAAUAUCCAUAAGAACCGUCUUUUGAAUAUAUUCGCAAAAAGUUUGAAUAAGCAUACUGCCGGACAGUUAACGUGUCCAUUGAAAGGGAAAUUUAACUACACGCUGAAUAAUUGGUAUUUGGACGAACUGGACUUUCCCACUUAUGUGCCAGCUGGCACCUUUCAAGCAAAUACGGAAUUUUUUGUGGACACGAAAAAAACAAUUUACGUAAUGGUACGUGGCAGAGUGCUCCACUAG